GUCGAAGCUAGUGGCGGAGGUAUCGAGAGGGCUGAGGGAAGCGAUGGGGCUGCGGCUGUUCAAUUUCGACAUGAUUAGGGAUCGGAACGGCAACUACUUCGUGAUCGACAUAAAUUACCUGCCAGGAUUUGCAGUACUGCCGAAUUACGAGCCGUUUCUGACGAAAUUUUUGAAGGAAGUUGCGGAGAGGAAGAAGAAGAAGGCGGAAGCGGACGCCAUUGGAGACGCUGAACCUGCAGAACCGAAACCUCGAUGCUGCUGUUUCCAUUGAAGAACUCUUUUUUUUUUCCUUGAAUUAUUGUUUUUUUUCUUAAUUUAAAAAGACUGAAAGAUCUUUGUGGGGGUAUUUUGGUAAUUAAGAGGGAAUGGAGUGGCAAGUUGGCGACGUGCAUGCAUGGGAUUUGGCGAGGAAUUGUCUCAGUACACUGUACUGUGUGUUUAAUUAUUAAUAUAUGUUAGUGUAUGACUUAUUUUUAUGAUAAUAAUAAUAAACUUACUUGCA